AAAACCACCACAGAAAGCGACAACAAUUACGUUUCACCACUCCCAUCUGAUCUCCCUAUCUCCACCACCACCACCACCGUCACAGCCGCGGCAGCCUUGUCCCUCCUCUCCUCCCACAUUAUCUGUGUAAUCCCAUUCCCAUGCACAAAAUCAAAAAUCACAAUCGCUGCUAAACCCCUUUUAAGGAAAUACUAUCUGGAAACGAGGAGAUGGUGAAUGGUGUGAAGAGAAGAAGAUUGUUUAUGCGAAUUUGAUCAUAAUCGGGAGGUGGUGCGGUCCGCUGUGAUCAUGGCGGACAUAGUGAAGCAGAUCCUCGCGAAGCCGAUCCAAUACGCGGACGAGGUGAUCAAGCUGUCGGAUCAAGCCAGUUUCAUGAAAGGGGAAUGCAACGACAUCAAGAUCAGGACGGAGAAGCUCGCCACCCUCCUCCGCCAGGCCGCCCGCGCCAGCGGCGACCUCUACGAGCGCCCCACGCGCCGCAUCAUCGAGGACACCGAGCAGGUCCUCGACAAGGCCCUCACCCUCGUCUUCAAGUGCCGCUCCAACGGCAUCCGCCGCAUCUUCACCAUCACCCCCCUCGCCGCCUUCAAGAAGAUCAACCAGCAGCUCGACAACUCCAUCGGCGACGUCUCCUGGCUCCUCCGCGUCUCCGCCCCUGCAGACGACCGCGACGAUGAGUACCUCGGCUUGCCCCCAAUCGCCGCCAACGAGCCCAUUUUAUGCCUCAUUUGGGAGCAGAUCGCCAUCCUCUGCUCCGGCAGUUUGGAUGACCGCGCCGACGCCGCUGCUUCUUUAGUCUCCCUCGCCCGAGACAACGACCGCUACGGCAGCCUGAUCAUCGAGGAGGGCGGCGUGGUGCCGCUGCUGAAGCUGCUCAAGGAAGGCCGGAUGGAAGGGCAGGAACACGCGGCCCGGGCUAUUGGGUUGCUCGGGAGAGAUCCCGAGAGCGUGGAGAUCAUCGUCAACGCCGGCGUUUGCCAGGUGGUGGCGAAGAUUUUAAAAGAAGGCCACAUGAAGGUGCAGAUUGUGGUGGCGUGGGCGCUAUCAGAGCUCGCCGCGAACCACCGGAAAUGUCAGGAUCCGUUCGCGCAGCACAACGUCAUCCGCCUCCUCGUCAGCCACCUCGCAUUCGAAACCAUCCCCGAGCACAGUAAAUACGCCAUAGCCACUAGCAAACACUCGAUCCACUCCCUUGUGAUGGCGAAUUCGAACCCGAACCCUAACCCUAACCAUAAAGGCAAUAAUGAACAAACAGAGGAAAAGCAUCACAGCGUCGCCGAUCACCCCAUGGACAAUCAAAUGCCUAGCCAAAUGCACAAUGUCGUCACCAACACCAUAGCUAUGAAAUCCACCAUGUUGCCGAUCCAUCACAAAGCCACAACCGGAUCUCCAUCUCCGAUCAGCCACUCCGACGCCGGCGAAAAAAGUGUUAAAUCGAAUAAACAACAGAGUCACCAGUUCAUCAAACAAAACAAAGGCCAUGGAUUACCUGGAUCCAGCAUUAAAAGGAGAGAAUUCGAAGAUCCAGCUACUAAAGCAGAGAUGAAAGCGAUGGCAGCCAGAGCCCUACGGUACCUCUGCGCAGGAAACGUAUCCGUAUGCAAAAGCAUAACAGAGUCACGCGCUCUGUUAUGCCUCGCCGUACUACUAGAAAAGGGGGAAGACGAAGUGAAAUACAAUUCCGCCAUGGCGUUGAUGGAAAUCACCGCCGUGGCCGAGCAGGAUUCAGAUCUGAGACGAUCGGCGUUCAAACCAACCGCACCGGUAGCCAAAGCCGUGGUAGAUCAAUUCCUCCGAAUCGUAGAGAAAGCAGACUGCGAGCUGCUGAUUCCGAGCAUUAGGUCAAUCGGAAACCUAGCGCGAACAUUCCGAGCAACAGAAACCAGAUUCAUACCGCCGUUGGUGAAUCUCCUCGACGACAGAGAGCCGGAGGUGAGCUGCGAGGCGGCGCUGGGGCUGAACAAGUUCGCGUGCCCGGAGAAUUUCCUCCACGACACGCACUGCAAGUCGAUCAUCAGCGGGGGAGGGCACAAGCAUCUGAUCCCGCUGAUCUACUUCGGGGAGCAGAUGGUGCAGAUACCGUCGUUCAUACUGCUGUGCUAUCUGGCGAUGCACGUGCCGGAUAGCGAGACGCUGGCGCAGGAAGAUGUGCUGAUAGCGCUGGAGUGGUCGACGAAGCAGCAGCAUCUGAUGCAGGAUGAGGGCAUUGUUACGCUGGUGUAUGAGGCCAAGAAGAGAUUCGAGCUGUAUCAAUCCAGAGUCUCCAAACAGUACCACUAAUUUUCUGUAUAGAUCAUUUGUAGUGAUGUAAUGCUGUUGUGUUUGUGAUUUGUUAGAGGAAUAGAUUUCUUCAUCAAAUGAUUCAAAUCCAAAUAGUU